UACGAAAUGGCCGCCCCAUAUCAAGCUAUUCAAGGUCGUUAGAAGGAACGAGGCAGAUUCAAGCGAACCUGACAUUUUAACCAUCCCUUUUUCUGUGGGUCUUCAGAUGUCUUCGAGCUCCCGAUUCUGCGCGUUGACACAACUUAAGCGUGGGGCUAUUAAUAUUGCCACUUCAUGUCAGGUUGGACAGCAGAAAGAUGUCUCUGUAACUCAAAGUGCGGAAGGUAUAAAGCUUGUCAGUUUACCACAGCUGUCACUUGGCUUUGGGUGUACACGAAUUGCACUAGUCGUAAAAUCUGGUUCGCGAUAUGAAUCAUCAAAAAAUCGUGGUAUAAGUCAUCUAGUACGUCGAAGCUUUGGAAUGUCCACUCCUGAGUUAACUAGUGUUAAUUUAACAAGACAUUUUCAACAAAUGGGUGCUCGCGUACAGUGCGCCACAACCCGUGAACAUAUGAUCUACACAGUAGAUGUCGCACCAAACUUUGCUUCCCGCGCUGGUUUCCUUUUAUGCUCUAUGGCUUCAUCUCCAUGUUAUUAUGCAUGGGAACUGAAAGAUAUUGUCUACAAGCUAAUGAACAAAGAUGUUGAUAUUCUCAACCGGCGCAAUUUAAACGAAUUGGGUAUGGAGUUGCUGCAUGAAGCAGCUUUUGGUACCAGUGACUCAGGAUGUGGUUUAGGAUAUUCACUGAUUUCACCAGCUGAUCGUAUCGGAUCUCACUCGAUUGAUCAAAUAAAUGAAUAUCAUUCACGCGGCUUUGUUGGAGAGAAGUGCGUUUUAGGCAUUGUUCAUCCCCAUUCCGACAUAAAUGGAAUGGAUAUAUUAAAAAAAGUGAAAAGUAGCAUUCAUCUCAAUCCUGCACAUCAGGAAAUUGGUUCAGGCGGUUAUGGGUUUGUUGGAGGCGAAAUAAGACGAGAUUUGAAUGCCGCGCCUACAGUGUAUGCUUACUUAGCAUGGCCUAUGCGUGGGUCCUGUACAAUUAGUGGUCUCAUUGUCUGCGCAUUGAAUGGGUCAUCCAGUCGUAUAGAGCAUGGCGGAAACGCUUCGAAAUCUCUGCUAGCUCGUACCGCUGCAGAAGGAGACAUUGAAACCGAAGUUGCAGCUUUCCGAAAACUGUAUAUCGAUCAUAGUCUUUUUGGUAUCGCUGUAGCUGGAGCUUGUCCUAAAGCAGUGGGAUCUAGAAUAAAGCGUAUCAUUUCGGUUUUACGGUCUUCAAGUUUUACUGAGGAAAAUCUCAAACAAGCAAAGCAAACUCUAAAGGCUGAUCUAAUGUUCAAGUACGAAAACCCAUUACAUUCUCUUGUGGAUAUUUCUACUAAUUUGCUUUCAUCAUCAGUUGAUCAAUUUAUAAAACCGAUUGAAGUAGUUGCAGAUCUGGAUAAGGUUGACUUGAAAUCUGUUAAUGAUAGACAAUUAUUCCUGAUUUAUGAUAUUCAAAAUAAUAAUCAGUAUAUUGUAUGGCAUGAAAAAAUUGAAAUUCCCUUUUGA